AUGGGUUACACUGUCCCUAUUCGAAGGAUAUAUCAGUUUGAGAAAUGGAAAUGGCUAUUGAUGGUAGGUUUGGUGGCUGCUACUCAUUUGUUUUGUCAGUCCCUAAUACUUCCUUAUGGCAAUGCUCUUCUAUCUCUUAUACCUGACGGAACUGUACAUGAGAAGGUCGAGCUUAUUUCUAAGCAAUCAGCUGCCGGCAAGUCUAUGAUUCUUGAUGAUCCUCUUAUUGAUAAUGGGUCAAAUUUGGCCAACAAAUCUCUACUCACUCGGAGCAUCAAACGGGUGGGGCAAACAGAUGCCAUUGCUGGCAGUCGAGAUGACGAAAUAAUUAUGACCGAGGAAACUGAGAAAGAAAAUCAAGUUCUUUCUGAUAGCAAAGGUAUUGAUAAUGCUGUUGAUUUUGUUGAAGAUGCCAAUCUAGACAAUGACAUGGCAUAUGAGAUAGGGAACAAAGAUGAAUUGGAUUCAGUGGAAAGUGGUGAUCAAGCUCAUGAUUUUGAUUUGGAAAACAAUGGUGAAAUUAAGGCCAGCCUGUCACUUGAACAGGUUGUGGAGCCAAAUAAUCAUACUUUAUCAGACAAAAUGCCCAGUUCGAGUAUAAUGAUGAAAACUGAAUUGACCUCCGCCAAUUCAUUGGUUAAUGUAACAUUUUCAGGAAACUUGGCAUCAAAUGUAAGCAUUGUCAAUAGUUCUAAUUUUGAUGCAUCUUUAGGGGAAAAAGAAACGAUAGCGCUUCCGUCUGAGUCUGAGGGGAGUAGUGUCCUCCUGCAUACUCAUGCUACUGGCUCAAGUAAUAAUUCUGCAUUAGUAAGUAACCUGGCUAAAAAGAAGAUGAAGUGUGAAAUGCCUCCAAAAACGAUAACACCAAUCCCUGAGAUGGAGCGGUUGCUAGUCCAUCGCCAUGCUCGUUCCCGUGCUAUGAGACCCCGAUGGUCAUCAGAACGUGACCGUGAAAUAUUGUCUGCGAAGGCACAGAUUGAGAAUGCUCCAGUUAUAAGAAAUGACCGAGAACUUUAUGCUCCAUUAUUUCGAAAUGUUUCAACUUUCAAGAAGAGCUAUGAGCUUAUGGAACAAAUACUUAAGAUUCAUGUCUACAAGGAAGGAACUAAACCCAUUUUUCAUCAACCAAUCCUCAAAGGAUUAUAUGCAUCAGAAGGAUGGUUUAUGAAACUGAUGGAGGGAAAUAAGCGUUUUGUUGUGAAAGAUCCACGAAGGGCACACCUUUUUUAUAUGCCCUUCAGUUCUAGAAUGCUUGAAUACACACUUUAUGUGCGUAAUUCACAUAAUCGUACAAACCUCCGCCAGUAUUUGAGGGAUUACUCUGAAAAAAUUUCAUCCAAGUACCGCUACUGGAACAGAACUGGAGGGGCAGAUCAUUUUCUGGUUGCUUGUCAUGAUUGGGCUCCAUAUGAGACAAGGCACCACAUGGAACAUUGCAUGAAAGCACUGUGCAAUGCUGAUGUUACGUUAGGUUUUAAAAUAGGAAGGGAUGUUUCCCUUCCAGAAACAUAUGUCCGUUCUGCGCGGAAUCCUCUUAGAGAUCUUGGAGGAAAGCCAGCAUCAGAGAGGCAUACUGUUGCUUUCUAUGCAGGACAAAGACCCCGAUAUGAAGAUCUUUGGUCCAAUGCCUCCUGGCGUAGCCAGCAAAAUGAACUACAUCCAGCACAUGAAAAGCAGCAAGUAUUGUAUCUGUCCCAGGGGCUAUGA